AAUUGGUCGAACCAUAAAAUCUGUUUUCACAACUGCGGUAAUCGUCAUAACUGACUGGCUAUAGGAAAGAAGAAAAAUAUGGCAGCAAAGUAUCCAGGUGGACCACCCCCUCCCUACCAAGGAGCCCCACCCCCCUACCAUUACCCGAUGGCAGGGACAACAGUCAUAGUCCAACAAGCACCACCUCCACCCAGAACAAAUCAUGGCAUACUUGGCUCAUUAACAAAAGACCUGAACAAAUUUGGUCGCUCUGUACAGAAGGAACUAGAUGCCGCAGGAAACAUGAUAAGAUCAGAGUACAACCAACACAAUUACGGCCCAGUUAUGGAGAAUUUUGUGACUGGAAACCAGGUACAGCUUGUGUCCAAAGCAAGCGGGCGUUGUCUGCAGAUCGUACAGUCACAAAGCGGCCAGCUAGUGGUGGAUGGAACUGGAAACUUGGGACAACAAGUCUUCAAUGCUUUAUGGACUGUGAUCAAUGAGGGAAGUAAUCAAGUACGCCUUCACAACAACUUCAACUAUCUAGCCAUAGUGAAAGGUCAAACUAUGGUCAUUCAUAAGCCACAGGGAGCCCCCCUUGGAAUUGAGACCAAGUUUCAGCUGGUGUUGAAAGGGCAAAACUUUGUGUGCUUGGAAUCUCUGUCCGAGAGAGGAAAGUGUGUAGGGGUUCUGGCAGAUGGGUCCCUGAAGCCAGCGCUGGCCUGCUCCAAUACCGAUGAGCAUGCCAAGUUUGGCGUGUACUUAGCACUAAAGAGUCAGACCAAGAAGCUAUAAGUACUCCCUAUUCACAGUACCCAAGACAGAAGUAAAUCAGUGAGCUAGUGGAAGAUAUCAUCUCUGUAUCACAAGUGUGAAUUAUCAGUAUAAGUAGUCUGCACAUUCCUGAAGACAAUUAGAUCUGAACUUUAACACAAUUAUUUAACUGAAACACAACUGGAACGCAUAUAAUAAUCACUGAUGAUUUAUCAAGACAUACUUAUUGUAAAAUUCUCUGGUUAAGUUCAUUUGUUUUUAAACUACAACAACAAAGUGUUUUAAAAAUGCAGUGCAGUCAGUGACAUUUUUUCCAAUUUUCAAAGAUAAAAAUUCUUUGUUGUUUCUAUUAAAAGAAUGUACAUUUCUUCAACUAAUUUUUUGUUACCGGUAUGUUACUUCUAGUUGUUAAUCUUCAGUGAGUGAAGACAUCCUUUUGCAUUAUUUUAUUCAAAAUAUUUAUGAUGAUAUGUUGAAAGUUUAUGUACCGUUGUAUUGUAAUUAAUUUGCUUGUGAUCAUUUGAAUAUGUAUCGUCCUCUCUUGUCCUCUUAAAAACUCAUUAAUGUUUGUAUUAAUUAUAAAAGGUGUGGUUUGCAAAAUGUAUCGAUUUCUAUGUUAUAGAUCACCGUUGUAGCAUUUUACAGUCUUUCACAAUUCAUUCUCCAGGCAAUCAUUCUAGCUGUGUUUCUACCUUCUGAAUUUGGAUGUUGUAAUUCCUGACGUAUAGUUAAAAGACUGGCAUAGACUAGUAGCUGUUGAAAAAUCCAUGAAUGAACCAAAAUGUCAUUUGUAUUUGUUAAUAUCUUGUUUCUGUUAUUGUUUUUUUAAAGAUUGAAACAAUUUUAUGUUAAUUGUUCAUAUAUAUGUUGCACCAAUAUGUAUAAUCAUUUUCCUAUACAUGUUCAACAUCACUUUUUUCUGAAAAAUAAAUUGUAAUUAAAAAUCCUACAAAAACAA